AUGGCACUCACAGGGAAGAUGGGAUCUUAUGAUAGGUCCAAUACCGAAAAAUUCGAGCGAGGUGGAUCGAAACAACAAAGAAAGGCAAAAUAUACUAAAGAUAAGAAGUUGAAUGCCGGUUUGAAAAAAGUGGAUAGACAGUAUAAGGAGGCCGUUAUGUCUGCAGCAGGAACGGAUAUGUUAUUGCAAGAAGAGGCGGGGUUUUUGGAAGCAGAAGAACCUAUGGAAAGAACGUACAAAUUUAAGCAGGAUGACAUCGUUGAGGCCGUAGACGUGGGAGCAGCGAACAAAAAAUUCGACCUCAGCUUGCCAGAAUUUGGCCCGUAUACACUCGAUUAUAGUAGAAAUGGGAGAGAAUUGCUUAUUGGGGGGAGAAAAGGACAUGUAGCAUCGAUUGACUGGAGGACUGGAAAAUUGGACUGCGAGUUACACUUGAAUGAGACUGUGAACAGUGUGAAGUAUUUGCACAAUGAUCAAUACUUUGCUGUGGCCCAGAAAAAGUACACAUUUAUCUACGAUAAGUUAGGAACGGAAUUGCAUAGAUUAAAGCAACAUGUGGAGGCUACCUUAUUGGACUUUUUGCCGUACCACUUUUUAUUGGCGAGUGCUGGUAAUACAGGAUUUUUGAAGUAUCACGAUGUUUCCACAGGACAAUUAGUUAGUGAAAUAAGAACAAAACUCGGGCCUACACAAGCUAUGAAGCAAAAUCCAUGGAAUGCUGUAAUGCACCUUGGACAUGGUAAUGGUACUGUUUCUUUAUGGUCUCCUAACAUGUCGACACCUUUGGCUAAAAUUCAAUCGUCCAGAGGUCCUGUCAGAGAUGUAGCAAUUGACAGAGAAGGUAAGUAUAUGGCUGUCAGUGGUGCCGAUAAAACAUUAAAGAUAUGGGAUUUACGUAAAUUCAAAGAGAUAGACAGCUAUUAUACACCAACUCCUGCAUCAUCAUUAGAUAUAUCAGAUACCGGUUUAUUAUCGGUAUCAUGGGGUCCCCAUGUUACUGUAUGGAAAGAUGUUUUUAAGUCUAAACAGAACAGUCCAUAUAUGAACCACUUGGUACCAAGCAGUAAAAUCGAAAAGAUUAAGUUCGUACCCUUUGAAGAUAUUUUAGGUGCCGGACAUGAAAAGGGAAUGUCAUCAUUGAUAAUACCAGGUUCUGGUGAAGCCAAUUAUGAUGCAUUAGAAUUGAAUCCAUACGAAACAGCUAAACAAAGACAACAACAAGAAGUCAGAUCAUUAAUCAAUAAGUUAUCCCCAGAUACCAUAUCGCUUGACCCUAAUGUCAUUGGUACAGUAGAUAAAAGAUCUAGCAGCGUGAGAUUAAAACCACAAGAAAUAAAUGAGGUGGUAUCUCAAGAAAACCAAGAUAAACAAGAAAAGAUGGCAGUAAGACCAGAAGUCAAAGGUAAAAACUCAGCAUUAAGAAGCCAUCUUAGAAAGAAGAAGCAAAACGUUAUAGAUCAAAGAAAAUUACGUAUUGAAAAGAAUUUGAAGAUGGAAAAAGAAGCGAGACAAAGGAGACAUAGGGAAUUCAAAGGUAUCCCUGAAGAAAAGGAUUUAUUGGGACCUGCAUUAUCUAGAUUUAAAUAA